GGCGUACACUCGCUACGAAAGAGUUGGUUCUCAGAACAAAUCAGACGACAGAAUAAUCUCAAAAACUUUGCUUCGAGAAUUUAUUCAUUUCCUUUCCAAUUUACAAGAGAUUCACGAUGGAAUCUAAAGUCAUUUUGUUGAUGCUGACUGCUCUAGGAGGCGUAUUCGCUUCACCAAAUCUCAUCGCAGAAUCUGGCCACAAAGGCGAUGAGGGAAGUGCGAACGCGACGAAGAAGGGUGUUAUUUCCUUCGGACUGAUGGUUCUUCGCGUUACUAAAAAAAAUCCCCUUGAUUUCAAUGGUUAUGGCUGCUGGUGUGGAAUCGGUGGGGAAGGCAAACCCGUGGAUGAUUUGGACAGGUGCUGCCAAGUUCACGACAAAUGCUAUGACGACAUUAUACGGUCGAAGGUUUGCCCUUUCGAGAAAGGAGUUUAUGCUCUCCCCUACUCAACAAAACGGAAUCACCCUGCCGAAUGCGAACCUCCAUCUCAUUACUGGUUUUGGAAAAAGUGCCGCUUUCGCUUGUGCAAGUGCGAUGCAGCUGCCGCUAAAUGCUUUAAGAAGAGUCCCUAUGACGAGAAGUAUAGAAAAUACCCACAGAACAAGUGUAGAAACGACAAGCCUUCUAAAAGUGACGAAGAAACAAAACAACUGUUUUCGCUUUGAUUUUGUAUUUGUUUGUUAGAUGAAUAAAAGAGCAAAGAUCUCUUUUGGUAUA